UCCACACGAGGGCAGAGUGGAGCUGCAGUGCGCUUUCAGAAACGUAUAGAAGAACGGAAACCACUGCACAGCGUUUGCAACGGCGAUAUAGUAAAAUGAAUUAUUUUGAUGCAUUCGCGUUCCAGUAACCACAAGGGUGGAAAGGAUUAUUUCUCUGUUAAACGUCUUUUUUUAUUAGCUAGCGUCCUUGCAGCCGGAAGUUUGGGUCUUGUUUCUAAGGAAGUAGCAUGUUUUUGACUUCCUGCAAAGACUUUGAAAUGAAGAGGCAGGAGUUGGAGAACAGAAUCGUCAUUUUACAGGCUCGUGUUAGAGGUUACCUUGUCAGAAAGAAGUUAUCAAGUUUGCGUGAGGAAUAUGAAAACAUUGUGAGAGAAAUAGAGGGAGACUUGGCCCUGCUAGAGUGGUGCGGAGAGACGAUACAGAGACCUGUAUUUGUGAACAAGAAAAGGGCAGUGUCACAAGCCACCAGCUGUACAGCUGCGGAGGAGCCUGCAGAAGACCACAGCAGUGCUGCUCGCACUAACAAAACAACAUGCAGGACUUCAGAAAUGUUACAGCCCGAAAGAGACACCGACGGAGCGACGCUCUUUGCUGUCGAACAGCAUCCCCGUGAAGAGAGAGCGGUUCCUGAGCUCCUCAGUGAGGGAGCACGGCACGUACCGGAGUCUGCCUCUGCGAGUGUGUCUGAGCUUUCAGGUUCAGCAGAGGAGGAGGAGAGAGACUUGAGGAGUUGCACUGAUUUGACGUCUGUGUGGAAUAGCACAACUCAGGACUCCGGCUCCAGUGUUAUCCACAAGGACUCUCUCUGCAGAACACAGAGCAAGGAAAUGCCAAAGUCCAAAGAAGGCCUGCGGCUGUACAGAAGUAACCUGGCUAUGGAGCUACUGUGGCUGCAGCAGGCAAUCGCAAGUCGAAAAAAAUAUUUGUCCCUGAAGCAAACCCUGGGAACUCCAGAGCGAUAGAGGGGUGUUGUACAUGUGUGGGUGUUUCAAUUGCCCCCUCUCAGAUACAUCCUACUCUGCAAAGGACUGCUGACAGUGUGUCAGUGUGGUUUCCAGACACUGCAAGACGUUUGGAAUUGCGAUUUCUGGAGCUUUCCAAGCCAUUAUUUAACUAUGGUUGCCGAAGCAAGAUGUUACAGCCUUGACCUUUUGGAAACGGUCAACAUGGGAGCUCUAGUUCAAACACUCAAGCUGUCUCGUACCCUUCAAGUUGGUUACGCCCCGCUCUCCUAGUCUAGCUGUGUUGUGUCUCUGAACAAUAUGUGAAAACAACACACAAAUUAACAGUAAGAUGUGUAUAAAACCUUAAUGAUGUCAUUGUUACUUAACUUUCUGGUGUCUGUUUGUAUAGUGUAUGCAAUCCUAGCACAUCAUAUUUUACACAAAUAUAGUGUCACCCGCUGUAUUUUGAUAUAUGUUAUGUCUACCAUUAAUGUUUUUGUAAGAAAUGACAAAUAAAUCUCAGUGUAUAUUUUUCCAAAA